UUGUUUGAAAUAAUGGAAAACAGAAAUUAUACCUCAGAUUUCAUUCUGCUAGGACUCUUCAAACACACAGGAUACCACCUCUUCCUCUUCGUGUUGAUGUUGACAAUUGUCUUAAUCUCCCUACUGGUCAAUGCCCUCAUGAGCUUCCUGAUUCACCAGGACUGCUGGCUUCAUACACCCAUGUACUUUCCACUGAGUCAACUCUCCCUCAUGGACAUGAUGCUGAUUUGCACUAUUGUGCCCAAAAUGGCUGCUGACUACUUGACUGGAAAUAAGUUCAUCUCCCCUGCUGGCUGUGGCUUCCAGAUCUUUCUCUUGCUCACACUAGGUAGUGGAGAGUGCUUCCUUCUGGCAGCCAUGUCCUAUGACCACUAUGUUGCUGUAUGUCACCCUCUGCGAUAUUCUGUCCUCAUGAGCUGGCAAGUAUGCCUGAGAAUGAUUUUGGGGUCUUGGUUUCUGGGAGCAGCUGAUGGGUUCAUGCAGGCUGCUGCUACUCUAAACUACCCAUUUUGCAAAUCACAUGAGAUUGAUCAUUUUUUCUGUGAGGCCCCCAUGCUGGUGCACUUGGCUUGUGCUGACACAUCUGUCUUUGAGUAUGCCAUGUACUUCUGCUGUGUGUUAAUGAUCCUGGUCCCGUUUUCUCUCAUCCUGACCUCCUAUAGUCUCAUCCUAGCUGCUGUUCUCCACAUGCGAUCCACAGAAUCCUGCAAAAAGGCUUUUGCCACCUGCUCAUCACUUUUGGCUGUAGUGGGACUCUUUUAUGGAGCUGCUAUUUUUAUAUACAUGAGACCCAAAUCCUACGGGUCAGCUAACUAUGACAAGUUUGUGUCAGCCUUUUAUACAAUUUUCACUCCUGCACUGAACCCCCUCAUCUUCAGUCUGAGGAACAAUGAUGUGAUGGAAGCAUUGAGAAGGUGUAUGCACGAAUUUGUUGUCUUUAAUCAUAACUAA